AUUUCCCAUGUACUAAAUCAAAUGCACAGAGUAAGUAAAGUUUAUACAUCAUUACAUACAAUUACACAUUAACCAAAUCUUAUAUAUUAGUAAAAAUGUCAUCAUUUGCAUCAGAAAUCAAUUCUUUGCACAUCAACUGCGGGGGUGAGGAAGUAAAUAUAAACAACACUAUAUAUGAAUCUGAUAUAGAGAAAAACGGUGCCUCGUCAUAUUACAAUGAUGGAAAUUGGGCGUUUAGCAGCACAGGAAACUUCUUUAAUGAUGAUCAUGAUUCUAAUGCCUAUAUUCUUUCCAACACGUCUAAUCUCCAUAAUAUAUCCCCUCAUGAAACCGAGUUGUAUUUAAGAGCACGCACGGCUGCUAUUUCUCUUACUUAUUAUGGAUUGUGUCUUAUGAACGGGAAGUACAAGGUCAGGCUCCACUUUGCAGAGAUUGUUUUCACUCAAGAUAAGUCGUUUAACAGCCUUGGGAAGCGUGUGUUCGAUGUUUACGUGCAGGUGAUGCAUCUUUUGGAUGUUAUGAUCGGUUAACAUAAGAAUGCAACCAACUUUGGCCUGGUUUCUGUUUAGAGUAACCAAGUUGCCAAUCAGGCCAGAAAGAAAACCAAUUAAAAUUGACAGAAAAGAAAGUCAACAAUCAAAAGAAUAGUAAUUUAAUUGCCUCAGAUGUUCAUGACAGAAAAAAGUCAACACGGAAAGUUAGUGCCAGGUCGGCUUUUCAACCUGUAACGGGAUUGAAUUAACUGCUUUUUGAACUGUAACGGGAUUGAAUUACCGACUGAAA